CUUGGGAUACAUGUUUCUGCAAACUGUGUGAUAGUUGUGUGAGAAUUAAAACACAGAAACGUACAGAUAACUGUUUUAAGAGAACCAGACAUCUUCAGUUUUAGUCCAGAACAACAACAAGAAAAACUAACAUCACGCAUUAUUUGAAAGUCCUUUCUCAUUCAAGACGAGAAUGAUAUCAGGACAACCACCAGAGAGUGUUGUGUAAGGACAGAGAGCCAUGGAAUAAAAAGCAAGGGUCAAGCCAACUUGGUUCAGAAACACUUCCCCACUUCCCCAUCUUGCAGAAUGAGGUUUUAUAUUAUACUUCUCACUGUCGUUUACCUACUGAAUUCAUGUGAAUCACAAGGGAUCAGUGCUGGGACUCCUGUGUUUGUGCUGAAGGGAGAGGAUGUGCUUCUGAAUGUCACCGAAGCUGUUGUUCUUGGGGAAUUUGAUUUAUUUGUCUGGAAAUGUAAUAAAAGUAGCAUAGUGAGAUUCAAUUCUAAGGACAAAAAAGUCUCUGCUAAUUACACUGGAAGGCUUGAGUUUCCUGUGAACAAUUACUCUGUGAAGUUGAAGAAUCUCCAAGAGGCAGACAGUGGAGUUUACUCUGCUGAAGUGACAAAGGAUUCAACAGAAGAAUUAGCAAAAUAUAACGUCAAAGUUCAAGAUCGAGCGUCUCUCCCUCUCUUCACAGUGAGCUCUGUCUCUGAUAACUCUUCCUCCUGUAGCUUCACUGUGACCUGCAGCUCACAGGACUCUCACAUCAACAGCACUUUCAGAUGCGACAACCAAACCUGCAGUCAGGAGGGAGGAGAGCGGUCAGAGGGGAUCCCUGAUACUUUUCUCCAGGUCCACCAAUCAAAUGGCUUGAUCAUCUGUAACCAUAGCAACCAUGUCAGCUGGACCAACGACACCAAAAUAAUCAAAGAUGUCUGCCCCAAACAUUUUGAUAUUGGACAACAAAACAUUGUUCCCAUCAUUUUGGGAGUAUUCUUCACAAUUCUCAUUCUCGCCAUCAUUGGUGUACUUUGGUGUCUUCGAACGAGAACAAGAAAAAGAGUGAUUGUCGAAAAUACAGUUUAUGAUACUGCUCAGUUCGGAGCUCCAGCCCGGACUCAGGAUCCAACAAAUGAUGAAGAUUCAGCUCUGCCUCUGUCCUCCUGCUACGCUUGUGUUGGUCCUCACACUAGACCCCCAGCACCCACUGAGACUAGAAACACAGCUCAGCUAGAGAGUGUGUACGCUCAGGUGAAAAAUACCACACCAGGUCCUUGAAAAUGAUCGGGAGUCGUAUUCCACAUACUGCACUUUUUGGGAUUACGAUUUAUGGCAACUGAGCCAUGGAUUUUAUUUUCACAUUACUCUCUUUUGGUGAGAAAAUCCACCCGCAAGAGAAAAAGCAUUUGAGCUCCAUACUGUUUCAGAAAUAAUCCUUGAUGUGGUUUGGAACAUGAUAUGGCAUUUAAUCACGGCAGAAUUUAACUGUAUCUGCCUGGUAAUUCUGAUCAGGCAUUAUCUCCCCCUCCUAUUCUUUUUUUUCAAGCCAAGGACCCAAAAUCAGCGUUUCUCUAACAGGGCUGGAAUAUAGGGAUAGGGAAGUCUAAAAUACAUGAUCUGUUUUGUAUUUUGAGCAAAACACAUCAUAGACAUGUUUGUUAUAUAUUUGUAUAUAUCUGAGACCCAUAAUAUAUUCCUAAAAAUAGUAUAAUAGGAGACCUUUAAGAGCAACAGCAACCACUAAUAGCUAACAACAAGAAGGUCAUUGGAUUGUCUCCUACUUCUCCUCACUGUUUAACAACUGGCUUUGAGAGUAACAAAUUACAUGUAGUGGAAUUAAUGUUAUUGUAUGCAAAUUAUUUUUACAGUUUCUUCCCUUAAUGUUACAAAAAUAUAUAUAUCAUUACUGUCUCACAACCAGGGCCGGCCCUGACCAAUUUGCCGCCCUAGGCAAGAUUUUAGCUGGCGCCCCCCCCCCCAAAAUGCAAGCACUUACUAUGACUCGUGCGUGCACGGUUGUGGCAUGACCACCAAAACAGAAAGAUAUG